AUCUUUGCCCGUGACGUCUCCGUGAUAAGAUGACGAAGUUUCUGUCUGUCUGUUUGGCUGUUUGUGUUUUCUCCGGUACCAGUCAUGGUGUUUCAACAAAACUGAACUUUAGCGGCGAAGAAACUUCAGCUGUCACGAAUUCAAGUAAAGCAGAAGACGAAGACGUUGAAGUAAAGCACACUAUUAUAGUAUCAACUAAACUGAGGAAUAACAACAGAAGAGGAAUUCACGGUUUUGAUGAUGAUAGGGGUGUAAUCAAGACGUUGUCAUACGACAAUAACAAUAAAAGGAAAGAUGAUAGCGGUGAAGUACCAAUCAUAGCCGGUUACAAAGCUGUCGAGACUACUCAAAUUAGAGCGCCUGAUACAAGAUAUAAAAAUACAGAAUAUCCAGAAUCGACGCUCGUCAAUCGUAACAUACGAGAUCAAUACGAUUUAUAUCCUAGUGUAGCUAUGAAUCCGUCGCAGUGGAGACCUUCAAGCAUUUACAGUAACAUCAAUUGGAACCAGGGCGUGCCUUACAACAUCGGUAGAAAUGCUGAUAGAGCAGCAUAUGAGAAUAAAUUGCAUAGAAGAAUAGCUGAAAAUAGCGUCAAAGAUUUUUAUUGUAAGAAAUGCAUGGAGCUGUCGAAUGGACUGGGCUUAGGAGGAUGUGCACAGCAAAUAAAUAAUUGGAAACAAGAAACAACAACAACAAAGAUUAAGUUAGACGGUAAAUUGGCGAAAUUAAACUAAUGGACGCA